UAUAAAUUUUUAUUUCAAAAUAUUUAAUUUAAAUAGUUUGAGGUAGGUUUAUAGUUAUAGUAUUUUGAGAACUUUUGUGAGAUCCCAAUUAUAAAAUUUGUUCAAAAAAUAAAAGUCUCUUGUAUUUCCCAAAUUUAUUUGAAGAAACAUUUCUUUUCUAGUAAAUUAAAAUGUGUCCUUUUGCUAUCAAUUCUUAAUUUUACCAAAAACAGAUAAAGUCAUGGAGAUUUCUUUAAUCAAAACCUAGGACUCACUUUUUAUUUUUUUAAACAUUAUUUUCUCUGUUUUAUUGGUGAUUAAUUAUUAAAUCUCUGUUGUAUUAGUGACUGAUUAGUUAUUAAUCCAACUAGCACCACCAAAAGAAGAAAAUAAAAAUCUCUUAUCUUCCUACUUUCCUUUUUUCUGUCAAGAAAAAGCAAACUUAGACUUUAGGGCUUGUGGCUCUUGUAACACAGAGUAUUGUAGGAAGAUGGUGAGAGGAAAGAUCGAGAUAAAGAAGAUCGAAAACGUGACAAGCAGACAAGUCACGUUCUCAAAGCGAAGAAGUGGUCUAUUUAAGAAGGCUCAUGAGCUUUCAGUUCUAUGCGAUGCUCAAGUUGCCGCCAUUGUCUUCUCUCAGAACGGAAGAUUAUAUGAAUUCUCUAGCUCCGAGAUGGAGAAAACGAUAGAAAGAUAUGGAGAUUUUAGAAAUGAGUACUUUGUGCUAGGGAGGCCCCAAGUACAACCAUACCUGGAGGAGCUGAAGAAGGAAAUGGAUAUAAUGGUUAAGAAGAUUGAUCUCCUUGAAGUUCAGCAACGGAAGUUAAUGGGGCAAGGUCUGGGUUCGUGUUCAGUGGCAGAACUUCAAGAGAUAGAUAUUCAGAUUGAGAAAAGCCUUCGUAUUGUAAGAUCAAGAAAGGCUGAGUUAUAUGCAGAUCAACUAGGAAAGCUAAAAGAAAUGGAGAUAAAAGUCUUGGACGAGAGAAGAAGGCUACGUGAAAAGGAAAUCAGAGAGAGGUUGCUACGACCACUGCUGCCAGUAACAUUACAUACAGAGAAAGGUGAACCCGAAGGUGGUUACAGAACCAAACAUUCAUCAGAGGUCGAAACCGAUCUAUUUAUUGGAUUGCCUGUGGCUCGACCAUAAUAUUUCACACUUUCCUUAAGUUUGCUUAUAGUGUUAUAACUUCGAUUUGUUGUUUGUAAAUUACCCUAUAAUUUAUGAGCGAUAUCACCAUCUCUUGUGUAUAAAACUUGAAAUAAUUUGACCUGUAUAACAUUUUAAGUUGUCACU